AUGAUGCCAAAAAUAACUCGGACAAUUUGCACCUUUCCGGGCAUCCAGGCUCAACCCACCUAUAACAACGCACAGUCGCGGACAUAUAGAUCGUUCACGCUGCUGAUCAAGAUUAUAAAUAAAAACUUAAAAGAGCACAAGCCAGUUGUUCGGAACCCGCCCCCCUCAUUUGUGAACUGUCAAAUAUCAAGGGAACCCCAUGACGGUGGCUGUGUUCCAGGCGAGCCGACGAACCACCCCCUCCCGUUCCUUUUCGCCAAUCUCGCCGUUACCGAGACAAAUCGUGAUGAAAUGCGGGAAGAGGAACCAAGAACCAAAACAGAAAAGAAAAGAAAAGUCCGUUACUAA